AAGCUUUAUUAAGACAUCAAUAAUAGUCGUUAAAUUAUCAAAACUGCAUGGCAAGAAGAAAAGUCACAGAGUCUUGACCUCUGGCUGCAGAUUACUUGGUUGUUAAUCUUCGCUGGCACUCGAGAGACGAAAUAUUGACCCGAGAUUGUUACUCGAUAUACAGUUUUAAAUAUUAAUACGAAACAUAUAAAACAGGAUAAAUGGUUAAUAUAUUUUGUAUUAAAUUAUAGCGGGCAAUCAAAAAUUAAAAAAAAAAAUUGUAUUUACUUUUUAUUACAUAUAAUAAUUUAAUUCUAGUAUUUCAAAGUUGAAUUAAAAUACACGGAAAAAAAAAAUAAAAGUUGCGUAUUAAAAUAAUUAAAAAAUGAUAAGCAUUACGAUGGUAAACUUGUUCAAAGAGCGUACUUCAACUUAAUUGUUGCAAACUAUAAUUCAAUUCAACUUUCAGCGGUUCAGGCGAAAAUUUCAAAUUUCCUCUCCCCCCGUGUCUGCGAAAAUUUUACGUAGCUCGCGAGAAUUACAUCGAACAAAUUUCACGAACGUCGAAGAAAAUUAUGUCAAGCCUUGUCAAGAAAAAAAGAAAACACGAAGCGCUCAAUGAAGCGACAUUCAUGGAGAAUACUUAUUGAAGUCCAGCGUUCUCAACAACGCUAGAGCUGUUCGAAUAUCGACGAUGUGCAUAACUUUACCGAUGCUUUCAUGUAAAUUCAACGUUGACCCGUCCCACUCUAAGGUUUAUACCAGUGGUAAUCGCAUUCGACGUCGAACGAACAAAGUUUCUACUCGAAAGUUUACAACAAAGUGACAAUCCAAGUUAUCCUGCUUGUCGAUCCAAAAACUCUCCGCCGAAAACUAUUACACUUUUGGAAUUCAUUAAAGAACAAUCGACUAUCUUAUCGAACGGGUACUUGACAUGAAAACAAUGGCUGAAGAAGAUGGAGGAAGGUAGUACGUGGGACAAAUUCCUGACUCUUCUGGGAGAAUUGAUUGGAACAGCAAUUCUGAUCUUUCUGGGAUGCUUGGCAGGCGUAGGCAGCAUGAAGCCGUAUCCCGCUGGGAUGGGAUCGGUCAUAUCUGUCUUACAAACUUCCUUUGCUUUCGGUCUUGCAGUUAUGAUCGCUAUACAGUGCGUAGGCCACAUCAGCGGCGCUCACCUCAAUCCAGCUAUUACAGUCGCCGCAGUACUUCUUGGUAACAAGUCCUUUCCGAUGGCCGUAUUCUACAUCAUUGCACAAUGUUUGGGUUCCCUAUUAGGUUUCGGCUUGUUAAAGAUGAUAACGCCACUAAAACUUAUGCACACCGGUGAUCCAUCGACAAUCAACUCGUUCUGUACGACGAACGUUAAUGAGGAACUGCUGGUCGGUUACGGAGUUAUGGCUGAGGCUUUAGCUACGGGCAUCUUGGUCUUCUUCGCCUGCGGAAGUUGGGACUCGCGAAACGCGAAGAAUACCGACUCGUUGGCACUAAAAUUCGGCCUCUGCGUCACCGUGCUGUGUCUCGCGUUCAUCCCUCAAACCGGCUGCCCUCAAACCGGCUGCAGCUUGAAUCCCGCCAGAUCGUUCGGCCCAGCAGUCUGGACUGGUCACUGGAACGAUCACUGGGUAUACUGGGUGGGACCGCUCGUAGGCGGAAUUAUCGCGGCCUUUAUCUACCGAUGCCUAUUUUCGGUGAAAGAAAGCAAGGAGAACACCAUGCAGGACGGAGGAACUUUGAACGGCAUCGUCCAGGAGACGUAAACGGAAUUCGAGCGAAAUUGCAUUCCGGCCGUCGGUGGUUCACAAAUUGAAAUCCUGAUCGCUGGUAUUUUCCCCGAGUAAGAGAACGUUGCAGAAGUUGCGGCGGAAGAAGCUCUCGAUGGAAGCAGAUCGGACGGGCUCCGAACUUUCCGGAUUUCAACUUUCAAGGCGCACGGAAACGUCCCAUUCGAAAAUCUUGUAACGCGAAGGAUCGCAACGCAUCGAAGGACUGUCACGCGACAAGGACUUCCGCGUCACAGACUGACGUGACAGAUUAAUUUUGUACAAAAAUACGAUGUAAUAUUAGAUAAGCCGCCGCGUACUAUUCGUUAGCUUUAGAUGCAGUGGACGCAAAAAUUCCUGGCAUGUUCGUUAUAGUAAUUACAUUUUAUUCACUUUGCCCGCGUCACGACCGCGCAAAACAGCGUAGAAAUGCAUUUUAAAUAAAAAGCGGCAAAAUAUGAAUUAUUCUAAACAAACAAAAAAAAUUACUUUAGAUCAAAAGUACACAGGAUAUUGUUACAAACGCAAUCCAAAAGAUAUUAUAAUGAGAUAAUAAACAUUUUUGAAAAUUUUAUUCAGAAAAUCAAGUAUUGUAUAAAUUACAAUUAAAUUCAUGUGAUAAAUAAUUAUUAUCAUACGCAUUUCAAAUGUGUAAACCGAUAUAGUACAUUGCCUAGUCGUGACGCACGUUUAUAUAUUUAUAUUUUUGCUGUGUAGUCUACGUAGUCUUUUCACCGCCAGCACUUUCGAAGAAGAUCAUUCUAUGCCGUGUAACACAAAGCGAAGCACCGACAGAAUAAUGCAUAGUUUCGUCUCGUCUAACAGUAUACAGUUUCAAGUAUUAACUCUCCCUCAUCCUCCCAUUUCUUUUUAUUUUUUCGUCAUCGUUUUGUAAAGCGCAAAGCGCUCGCGUGGAAGAAAUCCCUCUCGUGCGUAUCUCGCGGCGGCACCGCCGCGGCCAAUCUCUCUCGCCGCGCUUUUUAUUAAUUAUUAGCGAAUUAAUGGAUUACAGACUCGGUUCGCUCGCUCGCAAUUCCACUAAAUUCGCCGCCAUUAUAUCGUACACGUACGCGAUGCAGCUCGUUAAGACCGACGACGUUGAGGUGGUUGCUCUCGCGCAGCAGCGCAACACGACCGUCCUCUCGCUUUGCCGCUUUCUCUCUCUCUCUCUCUUUCUCUCUUAUCCCUGCUGCGACGAAAUUCGAAAUAACGGAAUUAGUCUCGGUGAAUUCAGGAAAUUACCUCCAUCGCCGUCGGUCGCGCCAAAGUUUUAAUUGUACUCGGUGCAUAUCUAUACACGCGUGUGAGUGUGAGCGUGAGUGUCCGUAUGCGUGUGUGCACGCGAUUGCAAUUACGUUUCGCGGCUUAAUGUAUAUGUAAAUAUAAGAUACACAUUUCGGACCAUCUCACCCUGACUUUCUCCCCUCUAACCCCCCUCUUGUAUAGAUAACAAUAACUUUAAGAGGCUGAAUGUGUGCGAAACCGCGCGGUAGAUUUCGGUCCGCAAUUCGCGCAAGCUUUGUUUGUUGCGCGCGAAUGUUGGGAAUAAGAUCGAAUUUCGGAUUACAUGACUGUUGCAUGCAUGUAUGCUGAAUUGUAAUGGGAUAUGGCUUUUCGAAUAAAUUACACACAAUGUUUUAACGAG